UCAAGAUCAAGUAGAAGCAGAGAUAAAAGCAAACAUCGGGAUGAUGACAGCAAAAGAAGAGAGCGAAAAAAAGAUCAAGCUGAAAGCAACCACACGGAACCUUUGCUGAUGCGUAGCAGAACUUUUGAAAUUGAGAAAGAAGAAACUGGUGAAAGCAGUGGUAAAGAGGCUAAAACUGAAGAGAAGACAAAAAAGAGAAGGGAUGGUGACGAAGGCAAGGACUUCAACAAAGAGAGGAAGGAAAGAGACAGGGAAAAGAGACAUAGGAAUGAAACGGAAGAAGAACGAAGAAUUAGACAUGAAAAGAGAAAGGAAAGUCGAAGAGAAGAGAAAGAGGAUGAGGAAAACAGAAAACGAAAGGAAGAAGAACUGGAGAAAGCAAAUCUAGUCAAGACACUGGCUGAGAAAGUUGCAGCAGGAAAACAGGAAGAAGAUGAUGAGGAAAAUGGCUACGAUCAAUAUGAAGACGACUUUGAAGAUUACGAUGAUGAUUUUGAGCAGGAUGAUGAUGAAGAGGAAGAGGAUGAGAGUGACCCAGAUGAAACAGCAGAGUCGUCUGUGCCAAGCAGCAUUGCUCAACGAGUGUUGCAGAAAAGUGGCAGUGCAAAGAGCAGUGCUAGCAAUAGCAGUAUUCAGCAAGGAAUGGAGGAUGACUACAGAUCUAGAGUUACACAGAAUUCGCCGAAGACGAACGAGUCGGAUGGCAACAGACCCACGUCCAAGAGAAUGUUCAUCAACUUCUCCUCAGCUAAGCAGAGAGAAAUGAGCAAGCGCAUGGCCAACAAGCAGUGGCAGAGAGCCAUGGAGCUCAGCAAACUCAUCGAGAUGGACUUUGUUGCAUACAACAUCUUCGAGAUGCCUCCCAUUAAGGAGUAUGACAUGUACAUGAGGACAUUCGGUAGCAUGGACACAAAGCAGGCAUAUGUUCAAUCUGAAGAAAUUGCUACAGAGGUAGAGACACAGACCGAGGAAAUAGAUGUAAUAGAGCGAUGGACGCAGCACCCAGCAGAUGGCGUUGUGAGCAGUGGCACUAGCAACACUGCUAAUGAUGAUAUCAGGCUACAGGCAAAACAGGAACCAUAUGAUGCUAUCGGACUGGGAAGGUUUUUGCAGAAUGUUGUCGGGGUUGUUAGUAUUCUGCUGGAUGAAAAUUUUCAUGAUGAGUCCAGCUCUGCUGUAGUCCAGUCCAACUUGAGCUUUAGUGAGAAGUCGAUUGUAAUGGCACAACUGCCAAUUUUAAAAGGUCUGAGUAUCGUGCACUGCACAUUCUCCACCAUGCAGAGCAACUUGUUUCUGACGACACACAGCUCUGCAGGCGUGGAUGCAGAGACCACUGCACCUGGGUUUGUGUGUGUGUGGAACGUAGCUGAGCCCAGCAUGCCAUACAGGUUGCUGGCUUGUAAGGCGCCACCCCUGUGCUCCUGUUUCAGCCCAUAUAAAGCCAACAUGGUGUUUGUGGGUUUGAUCGAUGGCUCACUGGUCGUAUAUGAUCUCGAUGAACCUUCUUCAAUGCAUACAAACAGUCGGCUUGCAGAAAACAGUUUACCGAUUAGACAUUCCACAUACACCACUGCGGCCUUGGAAGACGACAGCCAUCACAGUAGUGUGAGAGCAUUGCUAGCUGUCACUUCACCUUCGGAAAGCUUGGCAGAUUCCGAAGCGGAUUUGCGAGCAGGACUGUCCUACCAGCUCGCUUCGCUCGAGGAACAUGGGGUCCUGUGUCUCUGGGUGGUGGUGGAGCUACAGAGGAGCACACUGCUCGACUUUGACCCGGGCCGUUCUCCCGGAGGUCGCGUGAAACUCGUGAAAAGCUCUGUGAUAAACCUGCUAAGCCUUCUUAGAGAUCAAAGCAUCGGACUUCAAACGCUUGAUAUGAGACUCCUGCCGUCCAAUCCCAACCACUUCUACAUUGUUUGUGAUAGGGGUUUCGUGAUACAUGGCCUCAAGUACGGUGGCAAGGCUGUGCCGAGACUCCAUGGAUCAGUCGACGAGACGAGUACGGGUGCUGAAGCUACGUGCAUCGAUUUCUCGCCGUUCGACCCCAGCUAUUUUCUGAGCCAAUACCUGUGUGAAUGUGAGGAGUAG